CCCUAAACGCAGAACAGUCACUUUCUCCUAGCGUUUCGGUGCGCGGCGGCUGACUUCGUCUCCAUCGGCAGUGUCGCUGCGGUGUUUUCCUCGGCGAACGGCGGCUGCUGCUUCUUCCUGUCCAUCGGAAAACGGUGGCGACGACGGCGGCUUCUUUCCCUCCCGAGCACCUCGCAUAUUUUGGGCGCCUUUGACUACGCUGGUGGGCACCGAGGAAAUUUGUCUCUGGAGGAGCAGGAAAAGACAGGCGAGCUUCCUCAGAUUUCCUCCCACUUAAACCACGAGAUGGAUAAUCUUCUCCCAGCCAAGACGUGAUUCCGGAUUGAAGUAAUCUUGUAACCCAGAUGGCCAUGUUCCUCCUAUCACUGAGACAAAAGUUUUCAGCAAAUCCAUCAUUCACUCUAAAGACCUGUAGCUUCUGGGCGGUGGGAGCAUUUCAAUCCUUGGAAAGAUCUCGCUGCGCAAGUUCACUGGCCUCAGAUCAUUCUCGUAUGACCAAGUUGCCGCAGAUUGUCCCUUCUGGCAGAGAUAACUUGGAUAAUGGUUUCCUGAUCGAGGUUGUUGACACUGAUUUUGUGGGGGUUUCUUACAAGUUUUUGGAUCAAAUCGAUGGGGGCACAGAGGCUUUAUCAUCCUCAUUGAAGAUCAAUGAUGAAACUUGUUCUUAUUCUUCGGCUGCAUUAGCAGAGGAAUCCCUGGAUUUUGAUGAGAUUGAGGAUUUGAGGCUGCGUAAAAAAUUGUUCUACAAGCUUGACAAGGGUUCCAAAGAAUUCGAAGAGUAUAAUAUACAGUUCCAUCGCAAGAAAUCAGCUAAAAAGAGACAUGAAAAAACAACAGAAGCUGAUACAAAGAAAGAAUUCAAUGAUCUAGAAAAGAAGAAGAACCAAAAGGUUAUUAAGUCAAACAUGGCUAAUGCUUCGGAACAAGGGGUGGAGAGUCCAGUAAUAAAAAAUGUGCGUUCAUGUACAAAAUCAACCGUAAUGGAGGAAAAAAGGGUGAGAAUGCCGACAAUUAACCAGCUCACUGAUCCAUACCAUCUGCCAUUCUGUCUAGAUAUCUAUGUUUCCAAAGGGUCAGUUCGUGCUUGCAUUGUUCAUAGGAUCACUAGCAAGGUGGUCGCUGUGGCACACUCAAUUUCGAAGGACAUGAAGUUUGACUUAAAGUCUAGGAAAGAUGCAACUGCUUGUGCUGCUGUGGGAGCAGUUUUGGCCCAGCGUGCGAUUGAAGAUGAUAUUCACAAUGUGGUCUACACACCAAGAAAAGGAGAAAGAAUUGAAGGGAAGAUUCAGAUUGUCCUUCAGUCAAUUAUUGAUCAUGGUAUCGAUGUGAAGGUGAAGCUGAAGCAAAAGCAGCCUAGUAAGGUAAAGACUUGUGGCUAUGCAAACGACUAGUUUUAAAUCUGAUUGCCUGGGGCUCACCAAAAUGGUGUAUCAUUCAUUUCAGUUGGAUGAUUUGGUCAUUGGAGCUUCUCUUCUUAUAAAAAUGAGUUAUCUGGAAGUUCUGCAAGUAGAAUCAUAUAAUUAGUGCCAAUUUUGUUUAUGGAAGUGGAAAGAAGCUGUUGCCAAUGUAAAUGUGUUGCAGAUUGUGCCAGUAUGGCAAACGACUAGUUUUAAAUCUGAUUGCCCGGGGCUCACCAAAAUGGUGUAUCAUUCAUUUCAGUUGGAUGAUUUGGUCAUUGGAGCUUCUCUUCUUAUAAAAAUGAGUUAUCUGGAAGUUCUGCAAGUAGAAUCAUAUAAUUAGUGCCAAUUUUGUUUAUGGAGGUGUAAAGAAGCUGUUGCCAAUGUAAAUGUGUUGCAGAUUGUGCCAGUAUGGCAUGCGAUAUCAUCGUGGUUGGUAGUA